AUGACUUCACAAUAAUAGACAUAAACCUUUGUUCCUAUUUUAUUAUCUUAAGAAGAAUAUAAUCAAAUUCUUAACCAACCUCCCUACUUGCAUCAAUAAUUAUUUCAAGAAAUAUACUAAAGGAAAUAAUAAUAAACUUAGUUAUAAUCAUAAGAGUAUAUGAAUCCAUAUGAAUAAAAAUAAUAAAAUUUGAAUUAGUCCUCAAGCUCAAAUUCUAUAAUUAAUAUACCAUAAAUUCCAACUCGUCCUAACUAUUCUAAUUAAGUUAAUUAGUAAGGAGUACCAUAUCUUCCUCAAUACAUUUACUAUUAGUAACAAUAACAAAAUCAAAAUUAAGUUUUAAACAUGAACUCAAAUCCUUUAAAACAUUAAUUGAUUCAAAGAGCUGGUGAAUUGGAGCUUAAAUACUUUUAUGAAUGGUCUACAUAUUUAUUUAUGCUUGAGAUUUGUAUUUCACUAUUUGUUAACACAAUUUCUGCUAUAUUCAAUUUGGAAUUGGUUACUUAUAACUAUUAAUGGAAUAGUGUAUUAUGGAUAAUUUUAAUAUUAUUCUUAAUAUUGAAUUUAUUUGUUUUAACUAAUCCAUCCUAUGUAACUUAUGUAUAAAUAUUAUAUUUAUUUUAGUAAAAUAAUCAAAAAAUCUUAUAUUGGAUACAUGUUAUUUUAUAUGUUUUAUUAAUGUAAGGACUUCAAACUGUAGUUUCUGGUAGUGCUCGUAUUUUCUCUUGGCAUACAAAUUUUUUUUAUUACUUUUAUUUGUUAAUAUGUGUUGAAUUUAUUUCAGUUAGAAUUGCUAUUAAACGUAAUGGAAUAAGGAAACCUAUUCAAGAACAUAUGGGUUUUUUAUUAGCUCCACCAAUUAUUACUUACAUUUUAGAGUUAAUUAGUUAAGAUUAUUUCUUUAUUUAUGUUCCUUUAUUAAUUUGGGUUAUUUUAGUAAUAUUAAUUGGAAUGGGAUAAAUUUUAAUAAUCAAUAAGUUAGUUGAAAAAGGAUAUGUAUAUAUUUAAUAUUAUAUUUUUUAGAACAAAUUUUAAACAAAAGAUGUUUUUGCAAUGGCCAUAAGUAUUCCAAUUUUAAUGAUUAGUCCUUUCUUUGAAGAUGAAUGA